CUGUUGAAGAGCAUCUAAAAAGCACCGCAUUUGCGCCUUUUCACAGAUUUACAUACAAUCUGAACUGCCUCAUUCAUUGCACGAUUCAUGAUUACUGCGAAAGCGAAUACUGUAAAUGUUUGUGAACAGAAGCCUCGUCUGGUCAGUCUCGGUGCUCUCUAACAAAUCCACAUGUAAGAUCUGCAGGAGCAUGUGAACAGCAAUGAUAACAUCUGGAACUCUUUACUUUGGUUCCCCCUUGUAGACCCCAGUGAUAGAAGUCAGAGAAGACCAGCCAUGAGUUUUGUAGAGUAUUCAGAGUUUAUCCAGGAGGGUGAUGUUGCCAUUAUCUUCCUGGGUCAUGACUCAAUGAUGCCAGUCAAGGUGCAGCAGGGUUCCCAAACACAAACACGCUAUGGAGUCAUCCGCCACUCCAAGGACCUGAUAGGCCAGCGCUUUGGCACAAAGGUCACCUGCGGCAAAGGCGGCUGGGUCUAUGUGCUGCACCCCACCCCUGAGCUGUGGACCCUCAACCUGCCCCACCGCACCCAGAUACUCUACACAACAGACAUUGCCAACAUUACUAUGAUGCUGGAGCUCAAGCCUGCCUCUGUCGUCUGUGAAUCAGGUACGGGCAGCGGGUCUUUGUCCCACGCCAUCCUGCGCACCAUCGCGCCCACGGGCCACCUGCACACUGUGGAGUUCCACCAGCAGCGUGCUGAGAAGGCGGAGGAGGAGUUCAGGGAGCACCGCGUAGGCCACCUGGUCACCGUCCGUAACCAGGAUGUCUGCAAGGAGGGCUUUGGAGUGACGGGGGUGGCAGACGCUGUCUUCCUGGACAUCCCCUCUCCCUGGGAGGCCGUCCAACAUGCCAAGAACGCCAUGAAGAGGCAGGGGGGACGUUUGUGCUCCUUCUCCCCAUGUAUUGAGCAGGUGCAGAAGACGUGUGCGGCACUGGCUGAUGAGGGUUUCGAGGAGAUCAGCACUCUGGAGGUUCUGCUGAAGGUGCAUGACGUACGCACCAUCACGCUCCCCCUACCAGACUUUGGUCCUGACCGGCCCCUGGAGACCCCCACCGACACCCCAGUCCCUAGCAACACCUCUGUUCUCUGUAAGACAACCACGCCCCCCAGGGAGAUGGCAGGGCACACAGGCUACCUCACCUUUGCCACCAAACCCCGGGUGUAGAGGACUGACUGCUGGAGGUUGUAGAGACUGUUGGUCUAGGAGGCUAUGUCAGGGGAGCUCCAAAAGGUCUAAAUGCAGUGCUGAUGACUUGGGACCUAACCUGACCCGGGUGGAAAACCUCUGCUCACAGACUGAUUUACUGGAUUUUCCCCUUCCUCUUCCCUGCACAGCUAAAACUCUACAUUUCAGUUGACAGCUGACUUCCUCUUCGAGAGAGACGUGAUUGAGAAAUUGCUGCUGUUUUAGUCUCUUUCCAAUGUCUUCCGUAGACUUGGAUGAACGCGUGCAUACACACACACACACACACACGCUCAAACACUCUCACAGAGGGAGGGAAGAGAAAGCUAAAUGGGAUUUUGUUAAUAGGCAGCUGAUUGCUGAGGGUCUCUACACAGGGCUGUGGAGAGCUGUCUGAGAGGUUCGCUCUUAGUCUGUCAUGUACAAUCACUCUUAUCAUGCCACCGAUAUCUUCUUGCAUCAUUCAGGAUUGAAAUAAUAGUACCUUAUUUCCCAUUGAUGGUUAAAAUAAUCUCCCAUUACUACCCAGUUUCUCUCUUCAGUUUGUUUCGAGGACAUGGCCUUUUUUGUGUGAAAUUGUUAUAUUUGUUUUGCACUUUGUGUUUAGGAGAAUUUGUAUUUUUUCUCAGCCUUGUUACAGCAUCUCCCCUCAGCAAAAUAAACCUUACCAUCCUUCCUACUGC